AGGUUUGUCAGACUCUUUCUUUUCAGAAUUAACUGACCUGGCCUUCUCUCGUUGGCAUCAACGUCAUAUCCUUUCUCAAAAACCAGAACGAAAGGUCUUAUUCACUUAUCCUAACAAGAUGACUCUUAUCACCCCAGGUAGGACAGUCGAUGAGCAUGAGUCGCUCGCUUCUCGCUAUGCGAGAUCCCGGCCUAGCGGCAAAGCUCCUGCACAGGUCGAGAUGCGUAGCAAGUUCAUGCAUGAACGGCCCGUUGGUUCUGUGAGGGUUGGUAUUCCGAAACGGAAGAAGACCGCUCAUAAACCACAUGUUGGUCGGCGCCCCUAUGGAGUGGAGUUAGGAGGCAUCGCCGGUGGAGAGGAAGGAAACUAUGAAGAGGGCGAACUUCCACAGGAUUCUGUAUUCCCUGAUUCUGAUCGUCUGGAUAGCUUCAUGCAGCAGAUGUGUGAUGCCAUUCACGAUGAGCCCAUGGAUGUUGACACGAACAUUGAUACUGAGCAGGUUAAUAGUGUUGAGCCCACAAUUAUGUGCUCAGAUAACUUGAAGAAUCCAAGCAUGGAUAUUGGGGAAAAAGAAUCUUCUGUUCCUACUGCAGAUAUCGUAUUAGAGAAGCCAUAGGAUGAGGCCUUUCAUGAUACAGGUCUUGAGGAACAG